GGGCGGGAGUUGACUUAGUUAUUAGUAGGUAGAAUCUAUGUCAAGGACCGAAUUGAGCAUGACACUUAGUAAUGGGGGACAAAUGAUGGUACUGCCAGGGUGGAUACUCCUUAACUGCGGUCAAUAGGGUCUGCCAGGGCACAUUUUACGACUAAUCCUAUGACGCAGCAUCUUGACUGGCGACUGUUUUGGCCAAUAAACACUGUUCAAGGGCGGGGCAAUACGUGCCUCUCCCUCCCCAUACGGCCGUUCAAUCCUUUCCUUCCGAAUGCGAUGUGACUGGUGGGCAGGAUCACCAAUGGAGUCUCGAAGACCUUGACGGAUGACCAAUGGGCGCGAGCAGGGGGGCGGGCUUUUCGGACCAUCGGGGUUUGUGUAUGUGUUUAGUGGGGGAAGACCUGGGUUGAGGGGGCAACAGUUGAGGGGCCAUGGCAGCGGCCAGGAAGGAGGACGGGGGCUCCGAAGGGCCAAACCGCGACCGGGGAGGGGCAGGUGCGGCCUUCGAGUGUAACAUCUGUCUGGAGACAGCGCGGGAGGCGGUGGUCAGUAUGUGCGGCCACCUGUACUGCUGGCCUUGUCUCCACCAGUGGCUGGAGACUCGGCCUGAAAGACAAGAGUGCCCUGUGUGUAAGGCUGGAAUAAGCCGGGAGAAGGUUGUCCCACUCUAUGGGAGAGGAAGCCAGAAACAGCAGGACCCUCGAUUGAAAACACCGCCGCGUCCACAGGGCCAGAGGCCUGCCCCAGAAAGCAGAGGGCAGGGAUUCCAGACAUACGGAGAUGCUGGAGGCUUCCACCUUUCUUUUGGAGUUGGCGCCUUUCCCUUUGGCUUCUUCACAACUGUCUUCAACGCCCAUGAGCCUUUCUACCGGGGCCCAGGUGUGGACCUGGGACCUGGACGUCCAGGCUCUGGCUGGCAGGACUCCCUCUUCCUGCUCCUCGCCAUCUUCUUCUUUUUUUGGCUGCUCAGUGUCUGAGCUGCCCACUCUUAGGGCCCUCCCCCAACAAGAGGGAGAAUCAGUAUUGGGGGACCCCAAAACCUUUUCUUCUAGGUCUCUGCUUUCUGCUGGCUGAGGUCAGACACAGCCUCCUCCAACCUAUCCCUCAAAGUGAGGGAGAGGGAACCAGCUGAGAACUGAGUGGGAAAGCCAGAGAUCCUUUUCCUCUCUAGUUGCUAAGCUCAGAUGCGACUUCACUCCCAGCUUGGAGGGAAGGUGGUGAGGAGAUGGGCUAAGGGGACUGUCUACUUUCUCUCUACUUCCCAAGUUCUGCUAUUUGGGUUGAAGAGGAAGUGCUCUUUAAUUCUCCCCAUUUUUGAUUUAAUUUAAUUUUCCCCUCUAUGCCUAGGAUGGGUUCUGUCUCCCUACCCUCAUCCCCACCCUCACUCCAUAAUUUGUAAGGAAUUCAAUAAAAAAAUUGAAAAUA